AUGCGCGCCCUCCACGACCUCGUCCAGUCCGGUAAAGUCCGCUACAUCGGUGCCUCCUCCAUGUGGGCCACCGAGUUCGCCCGCCUCCAGUUCGUCGCCGAGUCCCGCGGCUGGACCAAAUUCGUCAGCAUGCAGAACCACUACAACCUCCUCUACCGCGAGGAGGAGCGCGAGAUGAACCGCUUCUGCGACGACACCGGCCGCGAGAAUAACCCCGCCGCCCACGGCUCCUCCGACGUCGAUCGCGCCAUCAUCCGCCGCGUCCAGGAGAUUGCCGAGAAGCGCGCCUGGCCCAUGUCCCACGUCGCCCUCGCUUGGAUCCAGGGCCGCGUCGCCAGCCCCAUUGUUGGCUUCAGCAGCGUCGCUCGCAUCGAGGAGGCCGCCGCUGCUUCGACCAAGUCCCUCACCGAGGGGAGAUCAAUUGCGCGCGCGACGGAUUGA